GCGAGAAAAGUUCAUAUUGAAUGCUAGGAUGCUCAUCGUUUGUAUUUGUACUAAAAUUCGCGAUACCUGUUAAUGAUAGUUUCUUGGGUAUGCAUAUUUAAACUGUUAGUAAUGGGUAACGAAACUGCUACUGCGCCAGAGAUAAAAGACGGAUACGAUCUGCCUGUGUACGGACUCCAUCAAGGGCACUUUUACUCCCUCCACAUUCCCGCUCUCAUAUGCAUUUUUCUAAGUUUUGCUUCAGCCAUCUUGACCAUAGUGCUCAGUUUCCGGCAAAAGUCAUUCAAGACUUUUUUCUCGUGGUCCAAGAGCGAGCGAUUGGUGGUGUAUCUAGCAGUAUGUGACGCAGCCUUCAAUAUGGCACACAGCAUGGACCAUCUCCACAUUCUGAUUACAAAAGACCAUGUGUAUCCUAAAGAACUGUGUCAGUUCUAUGGUUUUAUGUUAGCUGUUUUCAUCUCGGCCCAGAAUCUGAUGGUGAACGUCAUUGCUGUGAAUGCUUUUGUACUUAUUUUUAUCGGCAGACAGAUCAAGUUCGGAUUGAAGGACUAUCGUCUGUUGUUAUGGACUUUCGGGGCACCAUUUGUGUGCGCAACAAUAGCCGCACUGGCUGGACAACUGGGGCCAAACGGAUCAUUUUGCUAUUUUGACGGAGUAAAAGGAACUAUCUCGAAUUUCCUCUUCACAACUGUACCUCUUACAAUCAUUCUCCUACUCAACUCCAUUCUAUAUGGAGUUACCCUUAGAGAAAUAUACAAGAAAGAGAAAGAUAUAAAGAAAACAUUAGGCAAGCAGGCAUUAAUCACCGAAAUGAGACACGCGGCUGCGCGCGCAAUGUCCGUCUUCGUUUUGGUGUUUUUGAUUCAAUGGUGGGCAAUGGCGGUAUACGGUCUAUGGACUUUCAUUGACCCGGCGGCAGUGCCGGCCACUAUUUAUCACCUGGUAACAACAUUUUCGAACAUUGGCGGACUUUUGAAUUUCCUUGUGUAUAUCUACAUCAAGCGGCGUUUACAUACAUUUAAACCCCCCACUGACAUUUCUCGCCAAAAUUGUAAUGGACAAGAAUCAGUGCCCGGUUCUUAAUAUUUGUAUUAAUGUACUAUACCUGUAUAUGUAUGAAAUUUAAUGUAUCUGAUAUUUUUAUUACGCAGUUUUGCAACAGUUUAUAUGUUGACGACGACUAGUAUACAUGUAGUUGAUUUGACAAUUCCUUAUACAUAUAAACUAAAGUCAUCAAUGCGCCCAUAACUUUCCAUUUUACAUAUCAGUUAUGUAGGACUUUAGCACGUUAUGUACAAUAAUAAGAGUAUUCCUUGAGAUAGGACGAGUGAAUAUUCUCUGAAGAAAAAGAAUCCACUUGAGGAUUACCCUAGGUUUGCGUGACCCUGUGCCCGGAUAUGUCCAGGGGAUUCCCCUAGUGUGUCCCUCGCUAUCACAACAAAAUCCAUAUUAGAAGGAGGAUUCAUGUUGCCAAUUUUGAACGAUUAAGAGGUCUGAGAGAAGCAAGUACUUCAGAGUGUGUGGAUUUCGAUAAUGGAUUUUUAAUUUAAAAAAAAAUAGUUACCUGUCUCUGAGAAAAAAAUUUUUAUGUGUAAUUUUAACUUUUUAAGAAGAUAAAACUGUCAUUUGAAGCAGGAUACAUAAGAACAGGCGUUCCACUCUCCAGACUCGGAUAUAAGGACAGCCAUCUUCGCGAGCCAAAAGCAUGUAUCAGAGGAAUGGAUCAGACACUCUUGUUUUAUUACUCCUUUACGAUUUUCAAUAUCAAAAGAAAAGUUAAGCAUUAAACACGAAUUUUGUGUACAAACACAAAACUAUGUACAUGUAUAACAUGAUUAAAAUUUUCCUUGCCAAAUUCUUUAAGACAUUUUUAGACCAAUCACAUAUUAUUCAUUAUUGAACAAGUUGUACAUAUAUUUUUUGUUUAUGUUUCUGGUUAGAUCAUCAGCCUUAUUUAUACUUAUAGAUUAAGACUUUUCGCCAAUAAAAUACAAAACGCCAGCACCGGA